CUUGACUAACAUAGUAUCAUGGCCAUUUCAUUUUUCAAAUUUAAAAGGAUAAAUUCAGAUCUAGUGUGUUGUGGAACGUUAAACAAUACAAGCGCUUCAAUUUUGGUAGAAUUUCGUAAUUUCGUUUGAAACAUGUCUGAACCACAAUCUGAAGUAGAAAACUCUGAAACACCAGAGAUUAUUGAAAUCUUACAUUUCAGUAAAAACAAAACCAAAGGCAAGUAUACCACAUCUCAGAAAGAGUCAGAUGAUAUACAAGAUACCCAAGAGGAAAACGAGUUUGAUGAAGCCAUAAACAUUCUCUGCAUUAUUUACAAAAAUGGAAAGAUGGGAGCAGCGUAUUACAAUUUUCAAGGGAAAGUGUUGAGAUUUUACGAAGAAAUCUUUGAUUCGCCUCCACGAUUUGUCAGUGCUCUCGGAUUGUUGCGUGAGGUUAGACCAAAAUACAUAUUAACCUUUGGAAAUCUUGCGGAUCCGUUUGUGAUCGCUUUAGUAGAUGCUGUGACGACUGGAAUGGAUGCAACCACAACCUCCAACAGUGUCCGGACCCUGCCCGAAAAUUUCUUUCUAUUGUCUUCGAAAGAUCAUACUUAUGACAUCUGUAAAGCAGUAAUAUCCCAAAUGAACAUAGCGACAAAUACUGAAGAGCCAACCGAACAGAAAAAAGAGGUAUAUAUCCACUCAAGAAUAAAUUUUGACUAUCGUUUGUCAGUUCAAGCUCUUGGCGCAACUAUAAAAUAUCUGGAGAAAAACUGGGCCUAUUUUGAAAUUGUUAAGGAUGAGCUCCAGUAUUUGGAAAUUGAGCAAGUUUCAAGGGCAAACCACGUUUUAAUAGACAAUUCGACCUUUCAAGGUUUGAAUAUUUUUUCGCAACUCAACCACGACGCUGGCUUCAAAAGAGGGCUACACAAUGCCAGCAGAGAGGGUUUAAGCAUUUAUAAAAUAUUUUCAGCACAUUGUAAAUCCAAAAUUGGUCUCACAACUUUGAGGAGUAUUUUGGUAAAUCCUGUUAAUGAUAUGGAUAUUCUGAAGGCACGCUUAGAAUUUAUAAGUUUUGUGCUGGAACCAGUUAACAAGGAAUAUAUCGAAGCCUUGCAAGACAAUAUCAAACAAAUCGGUUACGAUGUUGAGACAAUACUGCAGAAAAUUGCGAAUUCAAGAGCGAAAUCAGUGCAUUGGCAAGCUUUAUACAAGUGUAUUUAUCAUUCACUUUUCAUUAACGAAAUAAGCAGCCCCAACAUACACAAAUCGAAUAUAUUGCAAGAAUUGCACAAUUCCAUAUCUCCAGAAUUGGUAGGCUUAGAAAAUUCAAUUGCAAAUGGACUGGAUUUCGAUGCUGCUCAAAAAUAUGGAAGGCCCGUGAUCAAAUGCGGUUUGGACGAAAUACUAGAUGCCAAAAAACUUCGCCGACAAGAUAUAGCAAAAAGUGUGACUGCAGCAGCUCGAUUUGCAGUGGACGAUUUGCCACCAUUUCUGAAUAAGUGUUGUGUUGUCUACCUACCAGAAAUGGGCCAUUUGAUAUCUGUGAAAGAAUGGAAGCCCAACUGUAAUCCGGAUGAGUUGGCACACUUGCACUUCCGUUUCAUGUUUUCCCUUAGAGGUACAAUCCAUUAUAAAACGCCUUUGUGUGUAGAGCUGGACAGAAAGUUGGGAGACAUCAACACUGAAAUCAUUGACCAUGAAAACAGGAUAGUGAGGAGACUGGCAGGGUUUAUUCUCAAACACCGAAGGGACAUUAUGGAACCUAUCAGAAUUAUAGGUUUGAUCGAUAGUCUAAUAUCAAUGGCGUUAGAGGCCUUUCAGAGCAGCUAUGUCAAACCGAGGUUGAACAUCGAUAAUGUCAUUGAAGUGACCGAGGGUAGGCAUAUUUUGAUGGAACGAAUUAUGAGCCAGAAUCAGGCUAACGAUUUUUAUUCUGGAGGGCAGUAUUCGGACAUGAAGAUCAUUACAGGCCCCAAUGGAAGUGGCAAAAGCAUGUACUUGAAGCAGGUUGCUAUAAUAGUUUUCCUGGCUCACAUCGGUUCAUAUGUACCUGCAAAAGAUGCGAACAUAGCAAUGAUAAGCAGUAUAUAUUCCCGGAUACAAGCUACAGAGUCUGCUACUGUCAGAUUAUCAUCUUUUAUGAUAGAUGUUACACAGAUUACCCACACAUUCAUCGACACAAGACCAAACAGCUUGAUUUUGCUAGAUGAGUUCGGACGAGGCACAUCUGAAGAAGACGGCCUUGCACUUUUGGGAGCAUUACUGAGAAGUUUUCUAGCAAGAGGCAAUAACUGCCCGCAUAUUUUAGUUUCCACGCAUAUGCAACAAAUAUUUGAACAUAUACCACAAUCAUCUCUUGUAUUGUAUCAGAAGAUGGAAUAUAAAAAAAACCAGGACGGAUUCUAUUUUUUAUACAAAUUGACGGAAGGUGUGUCUUCUAGUUUCGCAUUGGAAAUUGCAGAAACGUCAGGGAUAGACAAGGAAGUACUAGCGCGUGCUGCACUCAUUAUGGACUGUAUAAAUUCAAAUACUCCAAUAAUGCCCUUAAGAGAGAACAGACAACUAUCUGCUUUAGAAAAUCUCAAAAAUCUGGAUAUUCCACAGCCAGAUAUUCCUAUUGAGAAUAAUAAAAAUGCUUAAACUCAGAAGUUUAGUGUUUUCAACGUUGUGCUGCUUUUUCCGAAAUAUAAUACUGGAUUUUUCAAAUUUGACUCUCACUACUGGAUACGAAGUUGGUUAAGUGAGGACGAAGUUGUGCAUUUAGGUAAUCAAGGAAAUAGUACUUUGAAAGUUUUGCAAUUCAGAGUUUCCGGAGAUAGAGGAAGAAAACAGAACUAUCCCAAAAUAGUUUUUACUUUUCCUGGCUUUAUGUGAUGUGUGAUUUCAAAAUAAAUUGCAUAGUAACAUU